UGUGAUGAACUAUACAUGGCGUUGAAAAACAAAAGCAACAAAGCACAACCAGACCCCACCGGAGUCACUAUAAGAAGGCAUGCAUCUUCAUCUCAUCCAAAGCCAUCCUCUGCACUUAAACCUUCAAUCAAACAAAUAAUGGCAGCAAGAUCAAAAACUCUCUCUCUGCUUGCAUUAUUCAUUGGCAUUCUCUGCCUAUAUUUCCCGGUGACAACAACAGCGGCAGUGGCAAAGUCAGGUGCAGCCGUCGAUCUCCUCUACUUGACUCUCGUGUGGCCGGGGACAUUCUGUUACUCAGGACAAUGCUGCAUGCCAACAACAGGGGAACCAGCUAACGAUUUCUUGAUUGAAGACCUGAAGACAUUGGACCAAACUGGGCAGAUCGUCCAGGACUGCAACUCAACAUGCAGAUUCUCUGUUAACAAGGACCCGAUGCCGUCUUUAAUCCCCUGACCUCUACUCAAAC